AUGGCUAUUUCGAGAGUCUUCUUCUCCGACUUGAAGUCCGGCAAAUGCUCUUCCGUCGCCGAAGCACGUCUUCUACGGUUCUGGGAGGCGAGGAACGUCAAGCGCGGUGGUGAGUUGAUGUGGGUCGAUAUGCUGCUUAUGGACGUUAAUCUACUAUCAACGCAAAUCGGCUUCCAAAAUUCCGAGAGAGGCUCGCCGCCGGAACGAUGUAUUCUGUCUCUGGCUUCGACGUGGUUCGCUGUUGCUCAGAACUUCAAGCUUGCGGACUCUUCUUUGAUGAUUCGGUUUAACGAAUCAACUGAGUUUGACGUGCUAGCUGAUCCGGUCUCACCAUUACCUGUAGAGGGAUGCCGGUUCCGUAACCAAACUGAUGUCUGUUUACCACGUAGCUUGCUUAUAUCGAUUUUGGAAUCUGUAGAUAUUAUUGGUGAGAUCAUGGCAGUGAAGAGCACCGUGUCUGACCCUCCGGCGGACAAAAAUCGUGUCAUGGUCACCGUUAAACUAGACAAUGAUGUGUCUAUUACUCUUAGCAUGUUCGACGUUCAAGCCGUAGCUUUUCACCAAAAGCUUGGAGGCAUGCGUGGUGAUCUUAAAGUGAUUGUUGCAACGAGCAUAAAUCCGAAGAUGGUCGGAGGUCGUUUAUUCCUCAACGCGACAUCAGGAACGCAUGUCAAUUACGAUAAGGAGACAAAUGCAGGGGAGUCUUUCUUUACAGGUAAGCUUAGCAUACUGGUGGCUAGAGACACAGGUCUUCCGGCCGCUGCACCACUGCUAAGGUUUUAUGCCAAGGUUGAGCCUGUGACAAUUGCUGAGCUUAACAAUUUUAUCACCACUGCUCAGUCACAGGAAAUCGACUUCUUAUGCACUGGGAGAGUUUCCCGAGCUGAAGCGGACAAGGGGUGGUGCUAUGUUGCAUGCUCUAAGUGCAGUAAGAAGUUGCAGCGCACUGUCACUUCGUUUGAAUGUGCGCGUUGCAAUAAUACUAAUGCUGUCGGGUCUCUUCGUUAUUGUGUUGAGAUGGUUAUAACGGAUGAUACUGCGGAAGGGACAUUCGUUUGUUUUCAUGGUAUGAUGGCUAAGCUGCACAAUCUCAGGGCAAGUGAGGCUGUUCAGAUAUUGGUAAGCUAUACGUGUGCUUCUUUAUGUAGUUAUUAUAUAACGUCACUAACACGUUUUCGGAUUCCAUCUGAUAACAAGGCCGAGGAAGGAGUGAACCCUGAGUCCGUGGUGCCUCCGUUCGUUGCUGAAAUGGAAGGCAAGACCUACACUUUCCAGGUCCGAAUCACGUCAUACAAUUUCACCGUCAAUCAUCAGACGUUCACCGUCUCGCGUAUCAUCAAUGAGGUUGAGCGUGCACCAGCUCCUGACUUUGUCGAUGAUGGAGGUGAUGACGAUGAUGAUGAUGAUGCGCCGGAUGGGACGACCAGUGGUGAGAAAUCUGCUUCCGGCAAGGGCGGUAGUGAGACAUCAAAGAGUGCUGGAAAGAAGCCAGUUGGAAAUGUGCGCAAGAGGGCGCGUGUUGAUUGAUAUGGAUCGUCAGUGAUCAUCUUUCCAUGUUCUGAAUUCUAAUAAUGUUUUCACAUUCUACUUAUUUUUGGAUUUUAUCUAUUUAUGUUAUAGAUUUUCUUCUUUCACUUUCCUUUGUUUCUUUCUUUGUGGUUGUUAUAAAAUGAUCUUUUGAAUUGGUGGUUGAUUUAUUUUCGGUGAGUUAGUCAAUUUUAAUGAUUAUAAUUAUAAAUAUA